CGCUACGAGUAAUACAAUACGAGGAAAUCUGUAACGCUAUCAAUAAUUACUAUACAACGAAAGUAGGUGUUGAAGUCUGUCUCUGUGCUCUCUCUCACUUUCUCACAAUUUGGAUGGGAAAGCCUUUACCGUACUCGUGUGCGCGUUGACUGUUUUACAGCGCGCUUCGAAGCUCAACACAAAAAGGAAAAGACUGAAAAUGGCGUUGAAGCUCUUCGCAACGUCGUCGUUUGUAGGAAUUGCUGUUUUUGUUACUCUCAUCGCCUUCCUCUUCACCUUUUAUAUUAAACCCCAACCUCAACAGAGAUUGUUCAGUGCUGAAGAACUGGCUUUGUACAAUGGAACUGAUGAAGGCCUACCAAUCCUCUUAGGAAUUCUUGGAUCUGUCUUUGAUGUAACAAAAGGAAAAUCUCAUUAUGGCAUGGGAGGGGGUUACAACCAUUUUUCUGGAAGAGAUGCUUCCCGUGCGUUUGUUUCAGGAAACUUUACAGGAGAUGGCCUCACUGACUCAUUGCAGGGAUUAUCCAGCACCGAGGUUAAGAGUGUUGUUGAAUGGAGAGAUUUCUACUUUCGGACCUACACAUUUGUUGGUAAACUUUUGGGUCGCUACUAUGAUAGCGAUGGAAAUCCCACAAAAUACUUGAAAGGAGCUGAAGCAAAGGCAAGAAGAGGUUCACAGCUUUUGGAGAAACAGAAGAGUGAAGAAGCUAAGCAACCUAGUUGCAAUUCAAGAUGGAGCCAGGAUGAUGGUGGAGAGGUCUGGUGUGAUGAUGGCUUCCCGAGGUUAGUUCAGAGGCCUCUAGAAAUUGCAUUGACUGGAAAGAUGAGCAAGAGAUGUGCCUGUUUUAGACAAGAUCAACUUGACCAGCCAGGGUUGGAAGUCUACGAAGGAUGUGAUUACCUUGCCAAGACUUGCCGAGUAUAGAAAAGAUCUUGUUAAAUUCUCGACACAUUCAUUCACAUUGGGGGAAAAAAAUAAAGAAAAAAGAUUUCGGAUGAAGAUGAAGAUAGAAACAUGAUGCAAUAUGUCUAGUUUAAAAACUGCCCUCUAUUCUGCAUUGGAUGAUUUUUGUAAUUACCCAUUUGUAUUUAUCUUCUAUAAUUUUAACAUAUAUGAUAUUUUAGCGGGAUAAUUUGUUUAACCUUGGUUUAUGGCAAUAUGAUUGGUUACAAUUAUUUAGGGCGCCAA